AUGUUCAAUGAGAUAGAUGGUGACUUUGACGACAUAGCCGUCAGGACUUUCAAGGUCGACCUACCUGUUGAGCAUUGCUUGAGGAAGUCUUUAACAGGGAAACCUACAACUAGUGUAUGCCAGCUCAUGGAUUGUAUUGAUAAGUAUAAGAAGGUUGAGGAGGACCAACAGCAAGGCAAGGGGAAGGGUAAGGUUAUCCCUCAAGAGAUGAGGGAUUUCAGGUCAAAUCGCUACAAUAGUAAUAGACCCUGGAGAGAUUUUGCUGGGCAAUCUGAGUCUACAGCUCCUCAGGUGGUUAACACAGUGUUUCGAGAGUCAGUACAUCAAGUCUUGGAGAAAAUCAAGAAUAAGUCAUACUUCAAAUGGCCAAACAAGAUAGGAGGAAACCCCAUAAGGCACAACCAAAGUCUUCAUUGCCAGUACCACCAGGAACGAGGACACACUAUCGAGGACUGUAGAACUCUGUAG